AGGGCCACGGUUGCUCCUCGGUACACUGCACCACAAUUGCACCGUAAUUAAUUUAAUUAGCUCCGGAUACCGUCGGACCAGUCGUCGGUGUCGUGUCACAGGUCGUGCAUAUUUAGCAUAAACUCGUGAAGCCGCUGCUCGUCGGGCUGGUGGCCCCCAAAAAUCCAAAUCCAUCAAAUCCAAAUGGAUAGUGCGUGAACUGAGUCGACUGCGCGUGACCUACAUUCGUGCGUGUAUUUCGGUAACCUGCAUUAGAGGAAAGGGCAUAGCCACGUGGUGGUACCCCAAAAACCGUCCCAACUCCCAGUGGCCAGUGACGUAGCAUAAACCCUUCACCGUGGAGUGUUCGACUGUGGCCUAGGUUGGACUUUCAACCCUAGGAGUACCCGGCCCACCACCCUAGCAUAUCGCGCCAUCAUCAUCAUCAUCAUCAUCGCCAAGUGAUGUGCGUCGCGUGUGCACCGCAGCAGCGCAGAGGCAUGACAUAAUUUGUAUGUUGUUUGCUUUCUUAUGCUGCUCGGGGGGAGAAGACGACCAAGAAGAAGGCGACCCUGCUGCAAACACACAUACAAACACCAUUUAUGUUCGACUGCGUGUGUGCGUGCGAGUGUUUUUUGGUUGCGAGAGGGAUAGAGAUAAGAUCAUUUAUGCUGUGCAUGCUGUGGCCGCAAGGGCGAAUCUCGAAGAAGGGGUGCAUGCAGUGUGCGAGUGGUGGUGUUGCAGCCGAUGUUUUGGUGCGUCGUGUUCUGGACGAGAAAACGAUAGUGAAAGGUGUAUAGAAUAUCAUUGUUUUUCCCUCGGUCGGCCUUGCAAUCCAUUCAUCCUGCCUCUGGUGGUGGUCCAAUGGCGUCGUAGCAUCCCUUCGGUUUGGUCCUAGCUAGGCACGUAGCCAGGAGUGGAUGCUGCUGCUGCUACUGCUGCUGCGGUGCGUGAUAGUUAGUAAAUUCGUCGUGAUAAGGAUUCGCCCUGCUGACUCCUGUGGCGGUGGUGUUGCUGGUGUUGCUGCUGCUGUUAUUCGAUGCAUAUUGUCUCAAUCGUCGUCGGUUAUCGCCAGCGACCGCAGACCGAGUGUACGCUGAGAUGCUAGAGGUUAAUCGAGUUUCGCCUGGACUCUAGACAUCGCGAGAGGUCGCGUGUUGCCGACGACGCGAACAGAUAGAACAACGAAACGGACCGCGUCCAACAACAGUCGCGCAACCGGAACGUGUCGGAGCCCGAACAGUUCUUCUAGUUAGUGAGCUAAGCUAGAAGGUUUUAAGGAAAGAAACUGGAUUUGAGUUAAAUCUGCCUCUGGCAGCAAGGUGUCUGGACGUGUGUUCAACCGUGACGCCCCUACAACCCGAGCAGGCGCGCGUGUGUUCUAGUGAGUGGACAGGGCACGAGGCAAGGUGCAAAAAGAGGAGUGCAGCACGGACAGUGAGCUUCCUCGCGCGGUUUCUUAUCUCCCUUUCGUACGAUUGCAAGCCCGGUCUCCGUCAUUCCGGUGCGAUUGUGACGCACGCUCCGGUCGGUGGUUCCGUACAACGUUGUGGUGGCGGCUUCACGCUCGCUCCAGCGCACCUUGCUGAACCUGGUGAUGCGAUGUUUCACCAGAAGCAUCGGUAUCAAGCGCAACAGUAGACGGCAGCAGCAAUUACUCUCAUUCAGUCCGGCUGACAUCAGCGUUCGAGGAUCAGUGAGCAAACCAUGUGCAACGUGGUACGGUGCGGUUGAUAGAAACGUGAACAACAUAUCUAGGACUGGACACUAGUCAAUCGAAUUGGCGUGGGAACAUGGGGGGCCAGAAGCAGCACGAUUACGAUACACUGCAAGUGGUACCAAAGUCGGAAAUUGCGAAAAUCUACAUCCGAUGUCUGCUGGCGAACUUUGUGAUACUGCUCAAGUGGCUGUACGAGAGUGUCAAGUGCAAACUGAACCCGGCUGCUAUCAUGCGCAAAACCAUCGAGCGAACCGACUUCCCGAACAAACCUCCGAUCUUCAUGACCGACACCAAUCUCGGGCGCCAUUCUUACGUGAAGCUGGAGAACACUAAACUCCACUUCGUAGAGGCGGGCAACAGAAGCAAUCCAAUUGUGCUGCUCCUGCACGGAUUUCCCGACUGUUGGUUCGGGUGGCGAUACCAGAUACCGGAGCUCACGCAAUACUUCCACGUUAUCGCGCUGGAUUUGAAGGGAUUUAAUGACUCGGACAAACCGCAAUGGCGCUUCGAGUACACGCCGAAACGGGUAUGCGAGGAUCUUCGGAAGUUUCUGAUCGCCAUCAGCGCCAAAAGCGUGUCCAUCAUUGGACAUGAUCUCGGCGCGACCAUAGGAUGGUUCUUCACGCACACCAAUCCGGAGAUGGUGGACAAAUUCGUUUGCGUAUCGACACCUCAUCCGAAUCUGCUGUGGGACAAUUUGCCCAGCAGUUCUCCGUUCAACCGUAAUUGGCUCGAGUUCAUACAGUUACCGAUGUUGCCGGAGAUGGAACUCAAACACACCGCAGAGCGUGUGCUGCGUCGGUGCUAUCCGCACGUCACGAAAGAGAAGCUGUAUCAAUCCGGAACGAACGGAUCGGUUAAAAACAAUCUGAUGGAGGCAUACAAGUACAGCUACAGCCAGACGGAUGACUGGCGGGGGCCAUUGAAUUACUACCGGAACUUUCUGUUCUAUCGGGUGCGCGAAGGCGAGAUGGUUCAGUGUCCCAGCCUCAUAAUCGCCGGGAAUGACGAUCGAUUCUACAAACUGGAGUCGGUUGUGAAGAGUUCGGAGUACUGUGAGAACGUUGUGCUCAAGAUAAUCGAACAGUCCGGCCGGGCACCACACCAAGAGAUGGCAACCGAAUUUAACAGCACGGUGCUCAAAUUUCUCAUUGGCAAGAAGUACUCCCAGAAACCAGCGGAAGCACCAUCGCCGCCAUCGAGGGGUCUGGUUGGGCGCGUGUUCGGCGGCAUCGGCUCGGUGGCGAACAAUACGGUCAAGCUCGGGAACAACCUGCGAGAAACGUACACUUUCUCUAACCCGUUGAGUAGUGUUCCCAACUUUAUGAUCAAAGGAUAAGUGGGAUCGAACGCGGAAAUACCAAACUGCUUAUGCAUCUACUUCUCGGGGAAAACAGUCGAACCGGCAGCGAAUCUGUAUAAAAUUCUUAAUUUAAACUUUUUGUAGUAACCUAAGUUUGUGUGCGUGUAACGUUUUUGGGGCGGGCGUGUGCAGUUUUUGUGUGAAAUGCAAUGAGUUUGAGGGGCUUUUUAAGCGUUGUGUGUCCAUUCCAGUAGUCCAGUCGAAUAUGAACAGAGCGAAUACGAAUUAGUUCCUAUCUUUAAUUGAUUAUCAGGGCAAAUAGAAAGCUAUGGUUUUAAUAAAG